CCGAAGCAAAAGUCGACUCCUGUCAGAAUGCCUCAGACCAACAAGUCAGUGAGCGGCGGCAGCGUGCCGGGCCAGGCGUCCGCUCCAGACCAAGGCGAGCCUCCGCCACAAGAGGACCCCAAGGCGCAGGUAGCUGCUGGAGACGGAGGCGGGGGGGCGGCUGCAGGAGACCAGGGAGACCCGGAGAUCAUCAAAUCACCCAGCGACCCCAAGAAGUACAGAUACAUCGAGCUGAGUAACGGCCUGCGAGCGCUCCUCAUCUCCGAUUUCAGCGGGACGGAGGAUAAGAGCGGCGCCGAAAGCGGAGAGAGCCACCGAGACGAUGAGGAAGACGAGGAGGACGAAGAGGGAGAGGGGGGAGACGGCGAGGACGAGGGUGACUCAGGCGAGGGAUCGGAGGAAGACGAGGAGGAGGACGAAGAGGAAGAGCAGGACAGCGACUUCGACGAGCUGGACGAGGAGAACGCGGGGAAGAAGAAGAAAGGAAGCUCCGAGAAGCAGGCAGCAGCUGCUCUGUGCAUCAGUGUGGGAAGCUUCAGCGACCCGGACGAUCUUCCCGGCCUCGCUCACUUCCUGGAACACAUGGUGUUCAUGGGCAGUGAGAAAUACCCGGCGGAGAACGGCUUCGACGCCUUCCUGAAGAAGCACGGCGGCAGCGACAACGCCUCCACCGACUGUGAGAGGACCAUCUUCCAGUUUGACGUGCAGAGGAAAUAUUUCAGAGAGGCGCUCGACAGGUGGGCUCAGUUCUUCAUCUGUCCUCUGAUGAUCGAAGACGCCAUCGACAGAGAGGUGGAGGCAGUGGACAGCGAGUACCAGCUGGCGCGGCCGUCUGACUCUCACCGUAAAGAGAUGCUGUUUGGUAGUUUGGCAAAACCGGGACACCCGAUGGGCAAAUUCUGCUGGGGUAACGCUCAGACAUUAAAACACGAGCCCAGAGAGAAACAGAUCAACACCUACCAGCGGCUCCGAGACUUCUGGAGGAGAUACUACUCGGCUCAUUACAUGACGCUCGCCGUUCAGUCCAAAGAGUCUCUGGACACUCUGGAGCAGUGGGUCAGAGAAAUCUUCAUCAAUGUUCCCAACAACGGUGAACCUCGAGCCGACUUCUCUGACCUCCUACAGCCGUUUGAUACUCCAGCCUUCAACAAACUCUACAGAGUGGUUCCUGUGAGGAAGGUUCAUGCUCUCACCAUCAGCUGGGCCGUACCACCACAGGGAAAACAUUACAGAGUGAAACCUCUUCAUUACAUCUCCUGGCUGAUUGGACAUGAAGGAACCGGCAGCAUCCUGUCUCUGCUCAGGAAGAAGUGUUGGGCUCUGGCUCUGUUUGGAGGAAACAGUGAGACGGGCUUCGACCAGAACACCACCUACUCCAUCUUCUCCAUCUCCAUCACCCUCACCGACCAGGGCUACCAGAACGUCUACGAGGUUGUUCAUCUGGUGUUCCAGUACCUGAAGAUGCUCCAGACUCUGGGCCCUCAGCAGAGGAUCUAUGAAGAAAUUCAGAAGAUUGAAGCCAAUGAGUUCCACUAUCAGGAGCAGACGGAUCCGAUCGAGUUUGUGGAGAACAUCUGUGAGAACAUGCAGCUGUUUCCCAAAGACGACUUCCUGACCGGAGACCAGCUCAUGUUUGAGUACGACCAGGAGGUGAUCAGUGCGGCUCUCUCCCUGCUGACUCCGGACAGAUCAAACCUGCUGCUGCUUUCACCAGAGAACGAAGGCCAAUGUCCACUCAGAGAGAAAUGGUUCGGUACCUGCUACAACAUGGAGGACAUCCCAGAGGAGUGGGCUCAGCGUUGGGCAGGAGACUUCGAGGUCAACCCUGGACUUCAUCUUCCUGCUGAGAACAAGUUCAUCGCGACGGAUUUUACUUUGAAAGAGUUCGACUGUCCGGAGUCUGAGUUUCCUGUCAGGGUGGUCAACAACGAGCGCGGCUGUCUGUGGUACAAGAAGGACAACAAGUUCAAGAUCCCUAAAGCUUAUAUUCGGUUCAACCUGAUUUCUCCGAUGAUCCAGAAAAGUCCAGAGAAUCUGGUGCUGUUCGACAUCUUCGUGAACAUCUUGGCUCAUAAUCUGGCGGAGCCGGCGUACGAGGCCGACGUGGCUCAGCUGGAGUACAAGCUGGUAGCCGGAGAGCACGGACUGGUGAUCCGGCUGAAGGGGUUCAACCACAAACUGCCUCUGCUGUUGAGGCUCAUCGUCGAUCAUCUGGCCGACUUCACCGCCGAGCCGGGAGUCUUCUCCAUGUUCUCAGAGCAGCUGAAGAAAACAUACUUCAACAUCCUCAUCAAGCCAGAGAGGCUGGGCAAGGACGUCCGCCUGCUGAUCCUGGAGCACUGCCGCUGGUCGGUGAUCCAGAAGUAUCAGGCCGUCAUGAAGGGUCUGACCGUCGAUGACCUCAUGACCUUCGUCAGCGGGCUGAAGGCAGAGCUGUACACCGAGGGGCUGGUGCAGGGCAACUUCACCAGCACGGAGUCCAAAGAGUUCCUGCAGUACUUCAUAGAUAAGCUGCAGUACCAGCCGCUGCCAGCAGAGGUCCCCGUGUUGUUCCGGGUGGUGGAGAUGCCUCAGAAACAUCAUCUGUGUAAAGUGAAGUCUCUCAACAAGGGAGACGCCAACUCUGAGGUCACCGUCUACUUCCAGUCGGGUCUGAAGAACCUCAGAGAGCACGCGCUGAUGGAGCUGAUGGUGAUGCACAUGGAGGAGCCGUGCUUCGACUUCCUCAGGACGAAGGAGACACUCGGGUACCAGGUGUACCCGACCUGCAGGAACACUUCAGGUGUGCUGGGAUUCUCCGUCACCGUGGAAACGCAGGCCACUAAGUUCAGCACUGAGUUCGUAGAUGAGAAGAUCGAGGAGUUCCUGCUGAGCUUCGGCGAGCGUCUGGCGGCUCUGAGCUCGGAGGCGUUCAGGACUCAGGUGACGGCGCUCAUCAAGCUGAAGGAGUGUGAAGACGCUCACCUGGGAGAGGAAGUGGACCGCAACUGGUUCGAGGUCGUCACGCAGCAGUACGUCUUCGACCGGCUCAACAAGGAGAUCGAGGCUCUGAAGCGGUUCUCUCAGGAGGAACUGGUCUCCUGGUUCUUGGAGCACAGAAACAGCAGCAGCAGGAAGCUCAGCGUUCAUGUUGUGGGUUUCGGCGUGGAGGAGAACGACCAAUCAGAGCAGAGCGCCUGCUGCACCACGGACACCGCGGACAACCCCCCCCCCUCCUCGGCGUACGGCGAGGUGAGCGAGCUCAGCUUCCUGUCGGCUUCGGCUCCGUCGCUGCGGGACGCGGCGCUCAUCACUGACAUCCGCGCCUUCACCUCCUCCCUGCCCCUGCACCCCUACCACAAGAUCCUCAGCUAGGUCGCCCCACUGGACGCAACCGCAGACCUCCGCACCCUCGCUCCGAGCGGCAGAGAUAAUAAAGUAACCAUGGCAACAGCUAGCAUUGAUAAUGGCACUGAUUGAUCCGAGAGGACUCUGAUAGGACGGACAGAGACCGAGCAGACGGGUUUUUACUUUUGUAAAUUAUUUUCUGUCAUGUGAGUGGUUGUAACGAUGCUGCGUUCACUUCCUGCGGGAAAAAUCAGAUUCUGGAGCGUUUUUUUUUUUUUUUUUUUUUUGUCAAAUUAUCAAAGUGACGUGUUUUUUUUAUCCAACUUUUAGGAUUAAAAGGGAG